AUGCCCGCGUCGCUGGAUACUCUCCCAACGGAGAUUCUCCUCGAGAUCACUCACCACCUCCCGCAGUCGCUGCGCUAUGCCUCGUUCUUCUCCCCUAUGCUGCGCUACGAGCAUACCGCACCAGCACGCAAGGUGCGCACGCAGACACUGUGUGCUUUGCGGCUCACGUGCCUGCGACUCGCUGGGGCGCUGUUUGGGGCGCUCUACGAGAGUCUGGAUGUGUCGAGCCUAGACUUUGAGCGGGUGGAGGAGGCGAUAGAGGAUGAAGACGAAGUGGUCGAACGGGUUUUGCCAGCCGUAAAGUCUGUUCAUGUCUCUAUGCGCACGUGGAUGGCAAAUACUGCCUCUGAGCACGUCGUCUCGCCGUUCUCCACCGCGCCAAUCAUUGCCUUCCUCACAUUCCUGCACUCGCUCCCUUCCCUCACCCGCCUUGAGCUCGGCGACGUCCCGCUCGCCUUCUUCCCCGUCUUCACAUACGCUUUCGCCGUCCCCGAUCGCGCACUCCCAGGCGUCACUGCCCUCUGCGUGACCGACAGUCUUCUCCAUGCGCCAGGUCUGCCCACCGCCUUCCCGAAUGCGAAGGUGCUUGCGAGCCCUACGAUGUGGGCCCGCGAACGAAGCCAUGUCGGGCUCGGCUGGGUGCAGACGGUGAAGGAAAUGAAGGGGCUUACCGCGCUGGCGGGAUUCAGGCUCGGCGAAGGAGCUGUUGAAGUUCUGAUAACUUCUGUACCAUCCCUCGCCCGCCUCGCCAUUUCCGGCGGCGUCCGCCGAUAUAUGAAGCCUUUUCUUCUUGCGCUGCGGGCCCUCCCGCUAACACAUCUCUCCCUCGUUUACGAGUCGCCCGAUCCUGCGCAGGACCCGCCCGCGCUCGCGCCGAAGCCCGGGUCUGCGGGUGUCCCGCCUGGCGCGACGGAGGAGGACAUGGUGUUUGUCAGCAUGGAGGAGCUCGUGGCGCUUGGGACGGAGGUGCUGCUUGGCUAUAAUGUGACCGCGGGCGGGAAGGAAAAAGUGCUCGAGCGCCUCGUCUUAUUGUGUUUUAUUGUUGCGCGAACCCACACACUCACACUUUGGUAUAUAAUGCCUGGCGGCUUUCUUCAUCAGUCCUACACAAUCGUCCCUUCCCCACUCACUGUUUACACAAACAUUCCGCUAGUACAACACUCAGCCACACCUAUAAUGCAGCCCGCACUACCCCGCACGCCAGUCCCCCUAGUCAACGAGCGCGUCAUCGUGCAAAUCACCUCCCUGCGCCUCUGCCCCACGACACGCCGGCACGUCGAAGAGAAGGAAGCCUGCUGCGGCUUCUGCACUGGCACCGGCCCGGACAGCCGCUGGAGCGCCGGGCAGCAAGCCAGGGCCGCGCGCACAGCCGGCCUGCGCCGGCGCGCACAGUACGUCGGCGCUUGCGGCGUCCUCAUGUUCCUCGCCGCGCUCGUCUUCUCGCUCACGUGCCCCCGGCCCGGGAGUGCCAGUGACGCCGCCCUACCGCCCCCGGCGGCGAAGCGCUGCCGCGCAGAGCGCCUGGCGGUCGCGUGGCUCGGCCUCGUGCUGAUGGUCCUGAUGUUUGCGGCGAUGCUCACGCCGGCGCGGUGGUGGAACGGCGUGCCGGACUUGCUCUCCCCGCGCGCCGCUGGGCCGGGGAGCGUUGAUGGGGAUAUAGAGAAGACGGAGGGUGGACAGUGA